CAAUAAAAAUACUGAAAAAUACACGAAAUUCUUCUUCUUCUACAUCGAUAAAUAAUAUCAACAAUAGCAACACGCGGAAAUUCGGGAAAAUAUGGAGAUUAAAAAAUCGAAAAAGUCAAAGAGCGGCAAAAAAUCCAAGGAACCCAAAGAUUCGACCCUCACACUGAAACUGACGGCACUGAGUCGUAAGCGAAAAGAAGUCAUACGCGUUCUCGCCCUGAAACAAGAAAUCCUGCUUAAAUCGGCAGUAUCAUAUUUAGAGUACCUGGAGCUCCGUGCGGAGAUGGAGCGUCUAAAUGGCCUCAAGGAAAAUUUUACGCGACGCGUUGACAAAUUGAAACAACAAGCCAAAUAGUUUAUACAUGAAUUGUAGUCGUAAGGGCUUAAACUUAACGUAGGGGCUUAACAAAAUAUAAGGAACAAUUGAUAAUUAUCAGAUAAGAGAAUCCAUG